UCCAUCAUAAAGCUUGUCUAUAUUCACAACAAUUUAUGUUUAUGAUAAGUGGGUUUUUAAAAGUACUAUUACAUUUGUCAGUAUAAUUAAUUAAUACAUAAUUGAAGUUUAGAUAAGAAAUUCAAUUUAAAACAGCCUGUUUCUUUCUGUCUAAAGGAUGACUAUACAUCUCUAUUCUCUACCUACAUUCACUAAUUAAUCAUCAAAAUCACAUAGAAGAAUAUUAGGCCAUACAUUAUAUUCCUUAAUUCUAGGAAGGAAUGGUAGAAUACCAUGUUCGUUGAAUCUUUGAAUGCAUAUAAAUACCAUACAACGUUGUACAUUACACACAUCAAAAACAAGAUAUCCUUAAAACAUAGUACAAAGCAAAGAUGUCUGUUUUGCAACUCACAUUAUUCAUCUUGGCUUCCUAUUUUGUCAGUCUGAGCCAUGGUGCUGGGAUCUCAACGUACUGGGGGCAGAAUGGCAACGAAGGCAGCCUAUCGGCAGCCUGCAACACAGGGAACUACCAGUUUAUCAACAUUGCAUUCUUAACUGUGUUUGGAGGUGGCCGAACCCCUCAGCUAAACUUGGCUGGUCACUGUAACCCAGCUAUUCCUGGAAGUUGCAGCAGUAUUGGUAAUGAUAUUGCUGCGUGCCAACGCCAAGGAAUCAAAGUUUUUCUCUCUUUGGGUGGUGGUGCCGGUGAUUACUCCCUUUCUUCUCCUGCUGAUGCACAACAGGUUGCAGACUACCUAUGGAACAACUUCCUAGGAGGAAUCUCAAACGCCCGCCCUUUAGGUGACGCGGUUCUUGAUGGCAUAGAUUUCGACAUCGAACUUGGCUCAUCACAAAACUAUGAUGCCCUAGCUAGAGCCCUUCAAAGGCGAAGCACACCACAAAGGAAAGUCUACUUAUCCGCAGCACCACAAUGUCCUUUCCCUGAUGCUCAUCUAAGCAACGCUAUUGCCACCGGAGUUUUCGACUAUGUUUGGGUUCAAUUCUACAACAAUCCUUCAGCCAAUUGCCAAUAUUCUAACAAAAAUGUGAACAAUCUCAUAAACUCAUGGAACAGGUGGGUUACUGUCAAUGCUCCACAAAUCUUCUUAGGAAUACCUGCUGCUCCAGCUGCUGCUAACAAUGGGUUUAUUCCAUCUGAUGUUCUUAUAAGAGAUGUUUUACCUAGAAUUAGGGAUUCCCCCAAGUUUGGAGGAGUUAUGCUUUGGUCUAGGUUCUUUGACAAUGGUUAUAGUUCAGCCAUUAAGAAUAGUUUAAGCGACGAAUCUGAUGAACGAUCUGGGGUGUCAAUUAGCAUCCCGAAAGUGAACAUUACAAUUCCGAACCCUUAAGGUGUACCUUAAAUUGAACUUUUGUAUUCGAGUCGGUUUGUUUUCGGGUCUAGCAGGGCCUAGUUUGUUUGCAUUUGAAAUAAGAGGUCAUUUGUAUUUUCGGAGUUGAUAAGUUAAUGUAUUUGUUUGCGAUUGUACUUGUACUAGCUUUGGAUGAGUUGAUUGUAGGUUCUUUGAACUUUUUACCGGUUAGACUGAGUAAAGGACAUGGUUAUGUGAGAAUCAAACUCGAGAUCUUACAUGAGAAAAGUGAUACUUACUCUAACUUUUGACAAACUCCGAUUCUCAAUUCAUUCAACUAUUCGAAUUGCACUUUACCUUAUAAUUU